UCUUUACACGUUAAAAGACCACCAAAGAUGAAGACGACGGAAUCCUUCCAUGUCGCCGACACGGAGCAACAACUGCCACCAGACCCUCGAAAACGAAACCGCAGUUGCGCUGCGAGGUCGGCGCUAAUCUGCCUCCUCAUACUCAUCAUCCUCUUCAUCACCAUCCUCAUCCUUGCAUUCACCGUCUUCAAGCCCAAAGACCCAACAACUGAAAUCCUCUCCACCACCGUCGACGGCAUCUUACCACAAGUCCAAUUUCCCCAAUUCAAAGUCGAACUCAACAUCACUUUAAACCUCCAAAUCCUCGUCCACAACACCAAUCAAGCCAGCUUCAAGCACGGCACGGACGCCACCGCUCUCGUCUACUACCACGGCACUCAGGUUGCGGUGGCUGAGAUCCUUCCAGGCACCAUCCCUGCUAAUGGAUAUGAAACUAUUGCUUCCAGGCUAACCCUUGAAGCUGACCAAUUCAUGUCUCAGAUUAGUGAACUUAUUAAGGAUGUGAUGGCAGGAGAAAUUGAGGUUGAGACAAAAGCUACUGUCCCCGGACGAGUGAAGUUCUUAGGAAUUUUUCACAAACACGUCGUUAGUGUUUCGAAUUGCCGGAUUGUGAUUGGUAUUUCCGAUCUCAAGAUCCGGCGACAAGAGUGCAAUUACGGAAUCAAAUAUUAGAAUCAGAAUCAGAUUC